AUGGGUCUUAUUCAACUGAAGCAGAUGCAACCACUUGCACCUUCACACCAAACCAAUACACAAAAACAAGCGCCGUUGUUACUCGAUACAGAAGCAUAUAAGAAACGAUUUGAGUCGAUUGUCAAGAAGAAAACAACCAAAGUAGACAAGUCUCAACUAGUUGUUCCUGUACUUCCUUCCAUCCAGCAACAAAAUGCUUAUGAACUAUUGAUUGAGGAGAACGGUCGAUUCAAAAAGAUUGUUGGCAAUCCAACUGUGAAAAGUGUGAUUGAGAUGUUUUCUUAUCAUCCUACUGAAACUGGCUUGGAAGCAACAGGAAAACUUUCCGUUUUAUCCAAGUUUUUUACUCGAAUUCAAGAAAGUGAUAUCAAUUUCGAUACAGCCAUCGUAUGCGCUGACAAAGAUUCUGAAACUAUGUUGUAUGAGCGUCUUAUUGAGUCAAGCCUGGGACUCAACAUAAGAGAACUUAGCUCUUUUGCUUCUCUUAAAGACAUACACGGUGUCAUUGUCAAGCACAGAAAAAAGGAUAAGCCAAAUGAUAUUAUCACUCGUACAGAUGUUGAUCUUGUCGUCAUGUAUGAACCCGCUUUGAACUCUUCUCCUGAUAUUUCUCAAUUUAAAGGGGCUACUUUUGAUUCUCCUAGCGUGAUUCGUCUUACGACAGCCAACUCACCUGAGAUCAGGUUCUCUGAAGAAGACAUAGAAGUAUGGAAUACAAUGUUAGCAAACAGUAUAUUUGAAUGGGCAAAGAAAAAGGAAAAAACGCCAUAUGAACUUGCUUAUUCACCUCAUACCCUUUCUGUCUAUAAAAUAGGCAAGAAAAUAGGAUAUCCAUCAAAACCGAAUCCUCAUACUUCUACUAUGUCAACACCUAUAGCCAUUCCAAAACAAAAAGCUGAAGAACAAAAGCAACAACAAAGACAGAAGCAACAGGCGAAGAGGAAUAAUAAAAAGACACUAGAGACAGCACAGGCAUUUUCAGAGCGAUCACAGGCUCAGCAACAACAAGAACAACCAGCCCAACAAAAGCGCAAAAUAUCACUACCACCACCACCAUCACCACCAUCAUCCUCUUCAAAGAAACAAAAGACGUCUCAAAGCCAACAUGAACAAGAGCAAGGUACUAAAAUAGAGACCAAGGACACAUCUGAACCAAUUUCAAGUGGACCAUUACCAGACUUGAAUUCCAUAUUUCAAAAUGCACUUGAUCAGUUUGAAAAGGAUUUGAACAGUAUCAAGAUCAAGCUUUGA